UGGUACCGAGCGAAAGAACGUCCUCAUCGUCAAAGUUUACAAAAGAGUACAAAACACCGCGAUAAAAAAGCCUGUCGGUGGAAGGAUCUAGAUGAUAUUACUUCAAAUAAGCAAGAAUUCAGCUUUCGAUAAAAUAACGAAACUCCAUCAACAUUGUCAGUAGUGAGUAUGAACGUGUCGGCUCUUGAUGUUAACGUAAAUAUCGCUGAGAAUUACACAAGUUUAAUAAUGGUACUCUAAAACCUGCUGCUUGUCAGUUCAGCGCUUGAUCGAUGACAGUCGUACCUGUUAUGCCAUCAUCUCUCGUUGUAAGAUAUUAUGAUCAGGACGCUAGCCGUUGCAUUGCAACGGAAAACCACCUCGACGAUCUUGAGACCACCAACGGCAAAAAUUAAAGACUUUUACGAAAGUGUGUUUCGACAUGGCAAACCACUGAGGUUGUUUUGUUGCUGUGGAUCUGGGCCUAUCAGACCUACUGAUGAUACAGUGGAGUAUCCUUUAGAGUUGGACCCACCUCCAGCCUUUCUAGCUGAAAGAAUAAAGCUUUUUGAGAGACUAAAAGCAGAGUAUGACGCUAAAAUUGAAGCCAAAGAGAAAACGCCAAUUAAAGUGACUUUACGAGAUGGUAAAGUUGUAGAUGGACUGGCCUGGAAGACCACCCCCUACGAUGUUGCAAGUUCCAUUAGCCAAGGACUUGCUGAUAACACUGUUGUUUGCAAGGUCAAUGGUGAAGUGUUUGAUUUGGACAGAGUUCUUGAAGAAGAUUGUACUCUGGAAUUUUUAAAAUUUGAAGAUGAUGAAGCCAGAGCAGUAUUUUGGCAUUCUAGUGCCCAUAUUAUGGGUGAAGCAAUGGAGAGACAUUAUGGCGGCCAUCUGUGUUAUGGUCCACCAAUCGAGGAGGGAUAUUACUAUGACAUGUUCUUGGAUAAAAGGCAGGUUUCAUCCAAUGACUAUCCUGCUCUGGAUUCUUUGACAAAGUCCAUUGUCAAGGAGAAACAACCAUUUAUAAGACUUGAAAUGUCAAAGGAAGACCUCUUGGAGAUGUUCAAGUACAAUGAAUUCAAAUGCAGGUUAAUAAGAGAAAAAGUACAAACGCCCACCACCACUGUCUACAGGUGUGGGCCUCUUAUUGACUUGUGCCGGGGUCCUCACGUAAGGCAUACUGGAAAGAUAAAAGCCAUGACAGUUACGAAGAACUCUGCUACAUACUGGGAAGGAAACUGUGAAGCAGAAUCUCUACAGCGGCUCUAUGGAAUCUCAUUCCCAAAUGAGAAACAGAUGAAAGAGUGGAAAAAAUUUCAGGAGGAAGCUGCUAAAAGAGAUCACAGAAAAUUAGGAAGGGAUCACGAAUUGUUUUUCUUCCAUGAGUUGAGUCCUGGCAGCUGUUUCUUUUUACCCAAAGGAGCCCAAAUCUACAACACACUCAUCAAUUUUAUAAAGGAAGAGUACAACAAGCGAGGUUUCCAGGAAGUUAUUUCACCAAACAUUUACAGCACCAAGUUGUGGGAGACUUCAGGACACUGGCAGCAUUAUUCUGAAAACAUGUUCUCCUUUGAGGUGGAGAAGGAACGGUAUGCUCUGAAGCCCAUGAAUUGUCCAGGACACUGUGUAAUGUUUGACCAUCGUCCUCGAUCAUGGCGCGAGCUCCCACUAAGAAUGGCAGACUUUGGAGUUCUUCAUCGUAAUGAACUGUCUGGGACACUCACUGGACUGACCCGGGUCAGACGAUUUCAACAAGAUGAUGCCCACAUCUUCUGCAGACCAGAUCAGAUUGGUGAUGAAAUCAAAGGCUGCCUGGAUUUUCUGAAAUUCGUCUACAACAAGUUUGGUUUCUCAUUCAAACUUUACUUGUCCACCAGACCUGAGAAGUACAUGGGUAAACUGGAGCUUUGGGACAGUGCUGAGAAGGAGCUGGAAAGAUGUCUCAAUGAGUUUGGAAUGGAGUGGAAGUUGAACCCAGGAGAUGGAGCGUUUUAUGGACCCAAGAUUGAUAUUCAAAUUCAGGACGCGCUCCGCCGGUAUCAUCAGUGUGCAACUAUCCAGCUUGACUUCCAUCUUCCAGAAAGAUUCAAUCUAACUUAUGUCAGUGGCGAAGGCGAUGAGAAGAAAAGGCCUGUCAUCAUUCACCGCGCCAUUCUGGGCUCCGUAGAGAGAAUGAUUGCUGUGUUGACUGAGAAUUUUGGUGGAAAAUGGCCAUUCUGGCUUUCUCCAACUCAAGCCAUUGUUAUCCCUGUUUCUCCUAAGUACGAAGACUAUGCAAUCAAGGUGAAGAAGACCGUUUUCAGUGCAGGGUAUCAGGCCGAUGUUGACCUUGACCAUGGCACUACACUGAACAAGAAGAUCAGGAACGCACAGCUUGCCCAGUACAACUUCAUAUUUGUUGUGGGUGAAAAGGAAGAAAAUUCGAACACGGUCAAUGUCCGUACCCGCGACAAUAAAGUUCACGGAGAGAAGACGGUCGACGAAGUGCUUGAAAAGUUUGCUUAUCUCUCCAAGGAACGAAUCAAGGAGAGCGAGGAGGAAUUUUAAAAUGAAAAGUGCGAAUAAUUUGGAACAUAAGCUCUUUGUACGAUGCGUGUUUCUCUCUUAAAUUGCAAUAACCAGCAACUAAACAAAGGAUAGUAGAAGGGAAGCUAAGAGGCAUAGGGCUGGAAAUCAGUUGUGGAAAGCGGUUCGAUGAAACGUGAAAACAGAAAGUGUAUGGUCUUGUAUCUAACUCUUUACACCCUAAAAUCAGUAUGCAUUUUCUCUAUACUGUUCUCUGUACAUUUCCUGAGGUACUGACAAGGAGAAUUUGUUUAACAAACAAGAGUCGUCGGUGAUCAUUUCCUUUACUCUCGAGACCUUGGUGUUUGAUCCAAGAGUGUUAUUGUAAGGAGAGAAUAGAUGCCAGUCACUCGUAGGGUUUAAUGGGUUGAUGCAAGACCAUCUUCAUUCAACAGAUUUCGAAAAAAAAUAAAUAUUUCAUGACGAUUCGUAGUAUCAUUGCUAAAUGAUAAUUACAGCCAACCAAUGCUAUCUAAAUUUCCGCUCCACCCUUCCAGUUCCAUUCAAACUAACCAUAAGCACACGGCUAACUUGUGUUUUUCUUCUUGUUCCCGUUUUGUGGUAAGCUCUUAAUACCACCAUUUCAAUUUGGUUUACCGUAGUGCCACGUAACCUACUAGCUUGUCGUGCAUUGAGAAUUCUGUAAUAUCUUUCACAAAAUAAAAUAUUUGUAAUUCGUUAAAAGUAAACCUCGGAUGAGAUGUGGCAUCAAGUUUACAGAAGUAGUUAGUAUUUUAGACGUGCUGUGAAAGGACGGGGAUGUCUGUGUGAAUUACACGUGGGCAAUGAUAACAUGGCUAUAAUUAAAAUAUUGUAACAUGUUACUUUUGAUGUGUUUCAGAGUGGUUGGAUUACACUUAGUUGUUACUCUU